AUGCCCAUUGUCGAAAACGAUCCAUGCGACACCGCCUGCGGCGCCGACCGCGCCGGCGCGAGACUCUCGGAACAGGGGAAGCUUGGACGUAUCGGCGCCGCUUCCGCCGAAAAUCCCUCGACGACGCCACGUCAGUCAAGCCACGGCCCGCGCGUGUAUCCCGUGUCGUCGUUGCUGACUCAGAGGAGCAACCCGAUCAUCAUGAUGACUCAGAUGACACGAGGCGGGUUUCAACUCAUCGCCACCGCCGCCGCCGGUGGGUACGCGCCGCCAUCGGCGGAACGCCGCGUUGGGGACGCUGUGAAUCCGCGACAAAAUCCUGGAUUAGGUUCGCAUAACCCCGCACUUUUUCCGGGUCCACAGGAUGUGCAGGCGCAGCCGUUGCUCGCGGCGCCAUCCCCGCAAGUAGGGGCGGCGGGAGUGACGGGGGAGUCUGCGCCGCCCGCAUGGUGUGCGCCGCGCACGCAGCAGCUGGUGCCGCCGCCCCCGGACGCGCCACGGUCUUACAAUCCGUUACUAUCACGCGCCACGCAAGCCGCGGGAACUUGCGCCCGGUUUCUUUCCGUUGCUGCAUCGCCCCAGUCAGCGUGCGCCGUUGCUGCGCCUCAGUCAACUUGCGCGCAGGGUCUCCCCGUUACUACCGGCGCGGCUCCGCCCCAGUUCCCAUCCCUGUUCUCGGCUGUAUCCCAAGCGGUCUUUACUCCGCCGCCCGCGGCCUCGCUACUGUCACACAACUCGAGUCGCGUUGUCGCUCCAUCAGCUGGACAUUUGUUUCUGAACGACCACCGCAAUGCCAUGGAACAUCAGCAAGAGAAACAAGAGCAGCAGGAUGGAUGGCUGUCACGACAGCACAAGAAACGGUCUCUGGAUUUAAACAAUCUCUUUUUGGAUGAGGCCGAGGACAAGCGCCACUGUGGCACUCAACAGCGCGCUGCUGACUCAGCAGCGUCGGGCGGCAGUGGCGGCGCCAAGCCGUUUGCAUGGAAUGCUACGCCUCCUGGUGCUACUCCUGUUGCCGCUACGUACAAAUCUGCGCCAAGCACGCCCGCGGUUGCAGCUUCGCGGAUUGCUGCUCCCAGCCAUGCCGCAUCUCCUGGAAGCAACGGAGUUGGUGCUGACUCCGCCGUGUCUAAUAACGGAUCGCUUAAUAAAGGAGACGAGGCUCAGCCCUUCCCAGGCAAGAUCUCUCCAACAAUUUUUGGGUCGCCUCAAUCAGUCAGGAGCCGUGUCAGCAAGGUGCAGAAAUCGCGCGUUUGCGGGGUCUGCAACAAAAGUUUUUCCUCCGGUCAGGCGCUUGGUGGACAUAUGCGAAAACAUUGGCAAGGAGAGAAGGCAGACUCUUCUCUGGAAAAGUUGCUGCUGGAAUCAAAUUCUGGGGACGGAAUGGAGCAGGCAAGCAAUACUUCAAAAAGAAAGGGAGAUGUAGGGGAAUGCAAGCUUACUGAGUUAGCAGGUAAAGGGGAUGAAAGUGAGGCAGGUGGUAACUUGUUUCCGCCAUGCACGCAACACACAGGAUGGGAGGGGAGCAGCAGCAGGCCACACCAAGUGCAACAUCACAGUUUGUUUGGCAACAGUAUAUCGCACCUUGAGAAGGAUGACCCGCAAGAGCUCAUGCUGGCAGAAGCUUGCACUUCUGCCGUGUUUUUUCCCGGCCAUGGUGGGCUGGACUUGGAUCUUCGGCUGUAG